UGAAGUCACCCCCCCCAAACAAGCUCCCGAACACCCACAGCCGCAGCGCGGGAGGACCGCAGGCACGCGCCUGAUUCACUCAUUUCUUUUUAUUUGGACUGAUUUUGGUGUCGGUGCAGAUCGGUGCAGAUCAGGAUGAAAUUCCCGGCGGAGAAUCAGAGGAAACCGAGCAGUAGCUGCUGGGCUCCCCCGCCAGUGGAGGUCCAAACUAACCUGGUCCCACCGAAGAAGGUCCAGGCGGGGAUGCUGCAGUCCAGUCUGGUGCAGGCCAGCGUGGCCACCAUGCAGAACCCCAUGGGGUGCUCGGUGCCGCGCCUCUCGGUGUCGCGCCCCGUCAGCGUGGUGGCCAGCAUGGAGGCGGGGGCGGACGGCUCGGCCCUGCUCUCGGUGAUGAAGUGGAAGACGGUGCUGGCGGUCUUCGUGGUGGUGGUGAUGUACCUGGUGGCCGGAGGUUUGGCGUUCCGGGCCCUGGAGCAGCCGUUCGAGAGGAACCAGAAGGACACCAUCACGGCCGAGAAGGCGGCGUUCCUCCACAAGCACCCCUGCGUCACGCCCGAAGAACUGGAGGUCCUCAUAAAGCACUCCAUCGAUGCGUUCAGUGCAGGCGUGAGUCCUAUAGGAGACACCACCUACAACUUCAGCUACUGGGACCUGGGCAGCGCUUUCUUUUUCGCUGGUACCGUCAUCACCACUAUAGGAUAUGGCAACAUCGCCCCCAGCACAGAGGGAGGAAAAACAUUCUGCAUUCUUUAUGCAAUAUUUGGCAUCCCGCUGUUCGGCUUCCUGCUGGCCGGAGUGGGUGACCAGCUCGGUACCAUCUUCGUCAAAACCAUCGCCAAAGUGGAGAAAAUGUUCAGGAAUAAAAAUAAUCAGAUCAGUCAGACGAAGAUCCGAGUGGGCUCGACGUUACUCUUCAUCCUCGCCGGCUGCAUCGUCUUCGUCACCAUUCCUGCUGUGAUAUUUAAAGAGAUUGAAGAGUGGACGGCGCUGGAUGCCAUUUAUUUCGUCGUCAUCACGCUGACCACAGUGGGGAUCGGAGAUUACGUGGCAGGAGGAAACAGGGCUAAAGAGUACUACAACUGGUACAAGCCACUGGUUUGGUUCUGGAUCCUGGUGGGUCUGGCGUACUUCGCUGCCGUGCUCAGUAUGAUUGGAGACUGGCUCCGGGUUCUGUCCAAAAAGACCAAAGAGGAGGUGGGAGAGAUCAAAGCUCACGCCGUCGAGUGGAAGGCGAACGUCCGGGCGGAGUUCCGAGAGACGAGGCGACGCCUGAGCGUGGAGGUACAUGAUAAGCUCCAGCGCGCCGCCACCAUCCGCAGCAUGGAGCGCCGCCAGCUCGGCCUGGACCAGCGGGCACAGUCCCUCGACAUCCUGUCUCACCCCAACGAGCGCCGCGUCGCCAACUUCAACAUGCUGGACGCCGCGGCCGACUUCAAGACGUCGUCGCAGGAGAGCAUCAACGGGAAGCUGAACGACAACAUCUUCAACCGCUUCGGCUCGGUCAGCAAGCUCGCCAAGCGUGCCAAGAGCCGCGAGCUGAAGAAGAACAUCCCGGGCGACUGGCGGCCCAAGAGCGCCAGCGACGACAAGAAGGACGCCGAGGAGGAGGAGACGGACAAGGAGGUGAACACCAGCCUGUCGGACCUCCCGCUGUUCGCCGAGAGUCCCAACUCGCAGAACGGCUUCGUGCUGGUGCCCGCCAGAACCAAAGAGGACGGAGAGGAGGACGCCAAGAAGAAAAUAUUUGAGGAAUUUAAUAUCGAGGUGGACGGUUAGCCGGGCGAGGAAAAUCCUCCCCGAGGGGGAACAAAAGUGCCUUCAAUUUAUUCCAUCGCUGACGGGACGUCGUCACGCCUCGAACUUUUCACUGUGUCCUGACGACUUGAUCAAAACGGACGUCGCAAACGGAGAAAGGAUGCGAACAAACCGUAGCAAAACAGCACAGAGAGUCAUCGCUAACGGACUGGAUGUAAAAAAAUAAGAAAACAAGAAAAGCAAACAAAAACGUUCGUUUGAUCUCCAGAACUGAGAAGAUUUGAUGUUUCGUGGUCGUCUGAUUACUAACGGAGGAACUAAACGUUCUCGUGUGUAUUAGGCAUGUGCUGUACUUACAUUCUCUCUGGUGUCUUUUCUUUUAUGGUCAGGAUAUUAAACGUAAACGUUCGUUCUGUCCGAUCUUUAAUUCGACUCGUCCGAUUAAUUACGGC